AUGGCUUCCCUUUCAGUUGGUGGUGCUCAUUCUAGCCUCCGAAUCCCCUCUCUCUUUCCUACACCCCCAACAAUAAGGAUGCUGAAGCAUCAUCCUGUUUUAAAUUGCACCCCAUUCUUCCCCACUCCAUCUUUGUUUUCUCCGAAAAACUUGUCAUUGCGUUCCUCAAAUCACAGAGCCGGAAUAGCUUGGAUGUCCACAACCACAUCUCCAGUAGGCAAAGAUGAUCAAAAGCUAAUUAGUGGGCAACCGAAUGAGAAAGUGGUUCAAGUUUCAUCGUGGAUUGAUUACUUACCUAAAGAAAUUCAACCUUUCGCUAAGCUGGCUCGCGUGGACAAGCCCAUCGGUACUUGGUUUCUGAUUUUUCCCUUUGCAUGGUCAGCUACGUUGGCAGCGGCGAGUGGAAGUAUUCCGGAUUUCAGGAAUUUAGCUAUAUUUGCUUGUGCAGCUCCAUUUUUUAGGGGGGCUGCUUGUACCAUUAAUGAUUUCUUUGAUCGUGAUUUUGAUAAAAUGGUGGAGCGUACAAAAGAGAGACCGAUGGCAAGUGGGGCUGUCACACCAUUUCAAGGACUUUGUUUCUUUGCGUUUCAAUUGCUUCUGAGUCAUGGAAUUUUCCUCCAACUCACCAACUAUAGUUGGAUAAUUGAGGCAGCGUUCAUCUUCCUAAGUUGUACCUAUCCUCUCAUGAAGAGACUGACAUACUGGGUGCAAGCUUAUUUAGGUUUGACAAUCAACUGGGGAUCAAUACUAGGGUGGUAUGCAGUUAAAGGAAGCUUGCAACCGUCGAUUGUACUCCCACUCUUCCUUUCUGGUUGUUUCUGGACUAUUUUGUACGAUACCAUUUAUGCUCAUCAGGAUAAACAAGAUGACGUGAAAGUUGGCAUUAAAUCCACGGCCUUAAAAUUUGGUGAGUCAACAAAAGAGUGGAUCACUGGCUUUGCAAUUGCAAGCAUUGGCACCCUUGCUCUCACUGCAUACAAUGCUGCAUUAGGGCGGCCAUUUUAUGUGUUUUUAGCAGCUGCAUCUGGACAGUUAGCUUGGCAGAUAAGGACAGCUAACCUUUCAUCCCCAGCUGAUUGCAACCGGAAGUUUGUGUCCAACAAAUGGUUUGGUGCCCUAAUUUUCUGUGGGAUUUUACUUGGAAGGAUCUUCCCUUGAAAGUAGUCUUAAUUAUUUGUGAACGGGCUAGAAUUAUUAGUGGAGGCUAGCAUAGGAACAAUCCAUGGAAAGGAAAAUAGAGAAUUGUUGUAAUAUCCUCGUAAUAAAAUCAACA